GAUAUGGAUUGACAAAACGAUCUGCUACACAGCUAGAGAUGAAUCGGAACCAACAGGAUCCUCUGGACAAAAGGGCAGAGAUAGGAAAAUUGGGAAAUUCUGGAGCAGAGUUCGGAAACAUAGGAAACCAUGCAAGAAUACCCAGAGUAGCAGAGUCUAGAAUACCAAGACUUCAGAACAUCGGCCAGAGGUCAGCUAACCUCAACUCUGUUGGCGAGAGGUCAGAGGAUUCUUCAAACUCUGAUCCCCUAAAUUUGACUCUAAAAAAGGGAAUGCUCUGGUCUCAAAGAAAGAGGCUUUUUUCAAGGUGGAAGGAGAAGUACUUUAUCUUGACCCCUGACUACCUUCACUGCUUUAAGAAGGGAGGAUCUAAGAUAUCUGAGAUGGGGGCCUUCGAUUAUAAGGUCCGGUUAGCGGAUAUAGAAAGGAUAGAAUUAGAAGACAGGAAAGGUUACUAUACUAUAAACCUGCACCUGAAGGGAGAGGAAAGUAUACUAUUGAGGAGGGUUGAAGCGAGCAGAGACUGGUACACAGCUAUAAACCAGGCUGCCAAUACAUCCAGAGAGAGGCGGAAAGAAAUGCUGAGUGCCAGAGAGUUCUGGAGUAAAAAACAGUUUACAGACACAGAGUCAAUACAGAGUUAUGUACAGACUAGAUACAGAGGUGUAUCUGAAACUCCCAGUUCUCAUCUAUAUCGACGAGGAAUGUCUCCUUCAAGUGGAUAUUCUCCCUCUUCUACUCCCUCCCCCUCCCCUCGCCUCAACUCUAUCUCCCCCAACCCUCUCUCCCCUCGCAUCAUCUCCCCCUCCCCUCUCCUCUCCUCUAGUGUUAUCAGUUCUCAUCUUCCUCAUCACUAUCCUUCACCUAACCUAGCACAUCAACACCAACACUACUUCUCUCCACAGCUAAACAACUAUUCCACCCACCUGAACAACUACUCCACCCACAUUAUCAACUCCCCGCCCACCAUAGAGCAGGACUCCGGUAUAGACUCCCUUUUGACCAGUCUUUCAGAUACCAGCUCAAACUACUCCCAUAGAAGGAUUAUUUCACCAAGAUAGAUCAAAUAAUCUUUGGAUCCUUCUUUAAUCCUUUACUCCAGUAGUCCUUCUUCAUUCCAUUAAUCCUUCUUUAUUCCAUAUUAAUCCCUCUUUAUUUCUUUAAUUCUUCUUUAUUUUUUUAAUCCUUCUUUAUUUGUUAAAUCCUUCUUUAUUCCUUUCAUCCUUUAAUCCUUUGAUCCUGUAAUUUUUUAUUUGAUUUCUAUAAUCCUUUAAUUCUUCGAUCGUUCUUUAAUCCUUGAAUCUUUUACUCCUUGAAUCUUUUACUUCUGUAAUCCUUUAAUUCUGUAUUACUGUAAUCCUUUAAUCUAUUAAUUCUACAAUCCUUUAAUCCUUAAAUCCUUUUAUCCUUCCAUCCUUUUUUUAAUCUGUAAACCUUUGAAAAAUCCAAAAAUAUCCUUUCCUGUAAAUUUGAUACAACUUUAUAUAAUCUUCCGACAAUUUUUUCAUCCUUAAAAUGAUUCCUGAGGCCGAAUUUAAAGAAUUUGAGCCGCGGCUUAAAUUUAUGACGCGGACCAAAUAAGGUUAGUUCCGCUUAAAAUUGUAUCCAAUGUUUCUAGAUUUAAGCCGACGCUCAAUUGAAUCCGAUUUUUUGCGGAUUUGAGACUUGGCUCAAAUUCAUUAAAUUCGACUCUGUUAAUAUAAGAAUUAAGUAUUGUUAACCCUCCGAAAUCCUAAUUUGAGUUUGCCAUACUUGUUCUCUGAAUUAGUAGAACCGAAUUUAAAGCCAGUUGUUUUUUUAAAUGUUUAUAUUUUACAAUUUUUUUAUUUUCCUAGGAUUUAUUAUUUGAUCGUGGAAGAUAAUUUUUAAACCAAUUAUCAUGAAAUCCUGUGAUACAAUUGAUUCCAAAUUAGAAACAUGUCAAUAUAUUUACUUUUGCUGCAUCAUCCCCUGUUAACAGUCUGUAUAAUUGUUGCAUCAUGCCGAAUGUUCUGGUAUGAGAUGUUAUCAAUAAAUUAAUGAAUGUUCG